AUGUUGGAUUCUGAUUUUGAUUAUGACGAUACGGAUAAAGAUCCAGAUUAUGAAGUGGAUUCAGAAUCAGAUAAUAUCGAAGAAAAUGCAGGUUCGAAAUUAGUGUUCCGUUGUCAAUCUGGCACAAAUGUAGACUACCAUACCCAAAUGAAUUCGGCCAUAUUUAAAGAAUGGUUCAUUCAAAUGUUGAAACAUUUGGAAGAACCAUCCAUUAUAGUUAUGGAUAACGCGUCAUACCAYUCCACUACAACAAUAAAUUACCCGAAGUCAAACGCCAAAAAAUCUGACAUUCAACAGUGGUUAACAGAAAAAUGUAUAGAUUUUUCGUCGAUUGAAACUGUGAGUGAGUUACGUAAACGGGUAAAAGCUGCAACGCCUAGGGAAAAGGAGUAUGAACUUGAUGGCAUUGCUUUAGAAAUGGGACAUACAGUUGUACGAUUKCCACCAUACCACUGUCAGUAUAAUCCCAUCGAGCUUAUAUGGGCUCAAAUUAAAAAUAAAGUGGCAGAAUUGAACACCACUUUUAAAAUUGCCGAUGUCGAAAAACUGGUAAACGAAGUCAUAGACUCAGUAACGGUCGAUGAUUGGAAGCGUUGUGUCAAGCACUGCGAACAAUUGCAGGAAUCAKAUUAUAUAAAAGAAGGGUUACGGGACGAGAUUUUAGAACCAAUUAUUAUAACUAUAAAUCCUGAUGAAACUAGUGACAGUGAAGAUGACGACGAAGACUUUUAA